AUGGUGUCGCGAUGGGCGGCAUUGCUAGCCAUUGGGCAACUGGCUACUACAGGCUAUGCUCAAACCGCCGCACAGGUAUCCGAUGUGCCAUCUGCUGAUGAGUUCAUGAGAAGGGUAUUCGCCCGUACAACUGUCGUGGGAAACUAUUUGUACAUCGAUGGAGGCGAGGUAUCACAGCUUGUUAAUGGGAAGAACCUCACAUAUCGCAACUCUAACCCAGUAAACAGCACGCUCUCAAUCGACCUCACGACGUCAUGGAAGCCUUCGAAUGUGCAGCUGAAAGAGACCAAAAAGCGGUCGGCACCAACGAUGAUGAGACAGGCGAUUUUCACAGAUAACUCCACCAAUGCGAUUUACAUCUGGGGCGGCUUCAUUUCGUACCAGAACAAGCUGCCCGAUGCGCAGCUUUGGAGAUUCAACCCGGACGGCAGCGGCAGCGGCUCUUGGAACACAGAGAUAAAGCCCGGUCACAGUUCUUUCGUCAGCCUCGAACGCUCUCAAGGUGGUAUCUACGUGAGCACGCCCGACUCGGGCUUCUACUUUGGCGGCUACUCUCAGGCGACAUCCGAUCCUACGCCCAGCGGCCCCGUGCCGGGAUAUCUGCAAUUCAACUUCACCGACCAGACGCAAGCAUGGACGAACCACACCGACGUCCCCUACUCCCAGUACGGCACCAUCGCCGGCGGCGCGGCGCACUAUGUGCCUAACUACGGUCCCAACGGCCUGGUCAUGCUUUUGGGUGGAGGCCAAUAUGCGGUCGGAGGUGGCGCGGCUGCGGAUGACGUCGGGCUUCUCGCCUUCGACACCCUCUACUUCAUGGACCCGGUGACGAAGAAGUGGUACACCCAGAGGACCUCUGGUAAUGCGCCGGCGCCGCGCCAAUGGCACUGUGUGGUUGGCGCAAGAGGCGAUCAAAACACGUACGAAAUCUUCGUCUUCGGUGGUAGCAACAAGGACGAGUCCUACGACGAGGUCUGGAUUUUGAGUCUCCCCGGUUUCGUCUGGACAAAGGCGGACUACAAGUCUUCCAGCCCACGCGACGCCAUGGGCUGUGCCGUUGGCGGUCGCCGCCAGAUGAUCACCGUCGGCGGCAUCAACCGGAGCUUGACGGUUUCCAAGUUCUUCCAGGAUAAAGACCCGUUUCCCCAGGGCAUUGGCAUCUUUGACAUGUCGGACCUGCAGUGGAAGGACGAAUAUGAACCCGAAGCUGCCACUUAUGAGACCCCAGAGGUUGUCAAAGACUGCAACCUCGCAAAAGUCUCAUACUCAAGCGACGAAGUGGCCGCGCUCUUCAAUGGGUCCAAUUCCAAUGCGGGUUCCGAUGGGGGCUCUGGACAGUCGGGUUCAACCUCUUCGAACACCGGUGCCAUCGCCGGUGGAGUCGUGGGAGGCGUGGUCGUACUCGCCGUGGCUGGUAUUGUGGCCUUCUGCAUCAUGAGGCGGCGCAAGAAGCAGCAAGCUCCGAGUGCAGCCGACCCUGUCACCGCCGAGGCGCAGCCGUACGCCCCGCAGCACGCUUACUCCCCCGUGCCAGCGUCCACGACCAUAGCGGCCUCGGAACUGGGCGGAGAUCGGGACUACCAAAGUCCUCCUCCCAGCGUCCCCAAGAUGGUUCAGCCUCCUGAGUUAUCCGCGGACACAGGGGGUUAUACCGCUCGUGCGUCCACCCAGGCGAUGCAGUCGACAGACAUGGAGGCGCUCGCUGUUGCUACCUCGGCGAUUGCACUGAUUGACAUCAUUGCGAAAUCCUACAAAACCAUCGAGAAGAUAAACGGUCUACCGAAAGCAUUCGACGAAGUGAAAAAAGAUCUCCCUCUUGUUCGAAAGAUUCUCCAAGACUUGCAAAGGAGACUUCAGACGUCAGCGAGGUUCGCCGAAGAUGAUGAAGCUUACAAGGUAGUAUGUGCGACCGUUCGAGAUUGCAACGAGAAGGCAAAGAUACUGAAGGAUAUCUUUGCGGAAUUCGAGGGAAAAUGCAAAGAGGACCAGACCGCCGCAAAGACGUGGACGAGGGCACGCGCCUGGUAUAGAGAGGCGUUGCGGGGCACAAAAGCGAACCGGGUCGAGGGCCUGAUGAAGGAGAUUUUGGGGCACGUCAAGACGCUGGCCAUGAACGAGGUCUUCGGUUUGCAUGAUGAACUGGAAAAUGUUACCAAGGCUCUGAACGAGCUUUCGGUAAGCGCUAACUCAACAACCCAGUCAUCCGAGUCAAUCACGGAGAUCAAGAGCACCUACUGGGUGAAAGACAGCCUGCCAGACUACUCAGUGUUCUGGGUGUCGGCCCUGAGCCAUGAAAGCUUCGAACAGUCAUACGGAGAGAUUGCUCAACAACUUGGUCUUGCAGCUUCUGGAAGGCAGGACUCCACGAAGGCGGUGCAACGUUAUCUGAGCUCAGAUGAAGCUGGCCGGUGGCUUCUUGUCGUCGACAACGCCGACGACGGGGACAUGUUUCUAGGCCACGACGGAAUACAAACCUUUCUUCCGCAGCGUGACGAGACCCUCACACUAUUCACGACCCGUUCGCCGGAUGUGGCUUCGGAGGUCACAGAUGGAAACGUGGUCAAGAUACCAACCAUGAACGAAUAUGAGGCGAAAGAUCUUCUUCAUAGGCUCUUGAACCGACCAGAGCCAUUUGAUAAUAACAAAAUCAUAGAGGAACUUUUACAAGAGCUCAACUAUCUUCCUUUGGCCAUCCAGCAUGCUGCGGCUUACUUGAACAGAAACGUGAUCUCCGUUGCUAAUUAUUUGAGUCUGAUGAAACGUUCUGAAAAGGAUUUAGUUAGUCUCUUGAGCCGGAGCUUCUCAAACAAUAACGGAUACGGGGGUUCGCAGGUCUCAGUCGCAACGACAUGGCUUGUGUCGUUUGACCAGAUUCGAAAAUCCGAUCCUCCAGCCGCCGAGCUGCUCACCUUUCUGUCACAAAUUGAACCCAAGGCAAUACCUCGCUCGAUGCUCCAUGGUUCUGACACAGAAGAAAAGUCGGUGCACGCGAUCGGAACACUUCUUGGAUACUCCUUCAUUACCGCCCGAGACGACGACGAGAUGUUCGACAUGCACAGUCUUGUACAUCUGGCAGCUGGCGUAUGGAUUAAACAGCAAGGAAACGUCAGGAAGGCCGUGGACGAUGCAUUGGUGCAGCUUAACAAUGUGUUUUCGGACCUCUUCAAGCAUGGCAUCCGAGAGUGUUUGCCCCAUGCCCUUAGGCUCCUGCGGACCAGUGAAGAGCUCGGGCUUGACAAUAAGGCAGCAUGCAAUUUAGGCAGCUCGGUAGGCCGUUUUCUGUUAUAUGAAGGAAGCUACCGGGAAGCAUCACGCGUGCUGGAAUGCGUGGUCAAAAGCCGAAAGAGAACGCUCGACGAGGAACAUCCCUUUCGACUACAAGCCCUGCUUGACCUCGCCGAAAAUUAUACGUUUAUGAACACCGAGGAGGGAAACAAGGCACUUGAGAUACUAAAACACGUCGUAGAAGUGCGUGCAAGGAAGUAUUCAGAAGACCACGAAAUGGUGUUACAACCGCAAAUGCUUCUUGCCUUACAAUACUGCACUCUCGGUCAAUCAACGAAAGCACUCGCUGUUGCUGAGCACGUGGUAAAUAUGCGAAGCUCAAAGCUCAAGGUCGAUGACCCGGCUUUACUUAUGCAAGCGGCGAAAGACGAUUCAGACCCCCAGCAACUUCUGCAAGUACAAUCGAGUCUCGCGGACGCAUAUUCAAGUGGCGGACGGACCAAGGAAGCGGUAGAGUUACUCGAGCAUGUACUAAAUGUGUACCAGACGACGGUUAAGGCGUACGAAUGGGAUCCGUAUCUGCUGAACACCAAGUAUAAACUGGGCAGGGUAUACCGUCUGGAAGGUCAUGGCAACUCAAAAGAGGUCAGCAUCUGA